AUGAGGCCAGCACACAACACAACGUCGCCGGCUGACCCCACGGGGUUUCACCGGUGGAAUUCGCCGGUCCCUUACCUGUUUGGCGGCCUGGCGAUUAUGCUUGGCUUGAUAGCUUUAGCUCUCAUGAUUCUGGCUUGUUGUUAUAAGAAGCCCGCCGGAGAAAACCAGGAUAAUAAUGAUGACACCGAUCGUCAAGAAAAACCACCGCCGGCACACGUGAUAAUGAAGCCGGAAAUGGAGCCCAAGUUCGUGGUUAUCAUGCCCGGAGAUCACAACCCCACGUGCCUCGCCAAGCCUGCCAUCUGUACUCGCACCGAUCCCGACGACGUCGUUUGA